CGAGCUUGGUAGCAACAGAACAAGGUGAGCUGCGUACGCAGCUGUCUUUGGUGCUGCUUGUUUUGUCCUUGCUGCUAGGAGUCGACGAGGUGGCAGGGAUUGGCCGCCGGGGAUCUUUCAUAAGAAGGUGGAAGAGGAGCCACAAGCCCUAAUUUAGAGGAUGGCGAGGACUCGAGUAUUUCUGGAGGUCGGAAGCGAUGGUGUGGCCGUCAUCACGAUGUCAAAUCCUCCCGUCAAUGCGCUUGCUCCUUCCAUUAUUGCUGGACUGAAGGAGAAGUAUGCUGAGGCGAUGAGCAGGAAUGAUGUGAAGGCUAUCGUGUUAACCGGUGACAAUGGAAAAUUCUCUGGUGGUUUUGAUAUCAAUGUUUUUGCGGAAGUUCACAAGUCUGCAGGGGAUGUAUCAGUUUUACCUGAUGUGUCUGUUGAUCUUGUUGUGAAUACGAUUGAAGAUGCUAAAAAGCCUUCUGUUGCAGCCAUUCAGGGGCUUGCCCUUGGAGGUGGUUUGGAGUUGGCUUUGGGUUGUCAUGCUCGCAUAUCCACUUUGGAUGCUCAACUAGGGUUGCCUGAGCUAACCCUUGGAGUUAUUCCUGGAUUUGGAGGUACCCAACGGCUUCCUAGGCUUGUGGGGCUGUCAAAGGCUAUAGAUAUGAUGUUGCUGUCCAAGUCAAUACGUGCUAAAGAGGGGAAGGAAUAUGGCCUAAUUGAUGCUAUUGCAUCUUCCAAUGAUCUUUUGAUGGUAGCAAGACAAUGGGCAUUAGAACUAGCUGAAAGACGUAAACCUAGGCUUCGUUCACUCCACCGUACUGACAAACUUGGCUCUCUUUCUGAAGCACAUCAAAUUGUUUUUGAAAUGAGGCAACAAGCUAAGAAGACUUCUCCCCAUAUGCCCCAACAUCAAGUGUGCCUUGAUGCAAUUGAGGAAGGCAUAAUUUUUGGGGGAUAUGCAGGUGUCCUGAAAGAGGCAAGACUUUUUAAAGAGAUAGUGUUGUCCACCACUGCAAGAAGUCUUGUUCAUGUCUUUUUUGCCCAACGUGCAACUUCCAAGGUGCCCAAGGUUACUGAUAUCGGGCUCAAACCAAGGCAUAUUAAAAAAGUUGCUGUUAUUGGUGGUGGUUUGAUGGGUUCUGGAAUAGCUACAGCUUUUCUUCUAGGUGAUAUACAUGUUAUUUUAAAGGAAAUUGAUUCUACCUUUCUUCAACGGGGAAUGAAAUCAAUAGCUGCUAACCUUGAUGGAUUGGUGAAGAAAGGAUCGUUAACUCUGGAUAAAAAAAGCAAGGUGUUGUCAAAUCUUAAGGGUGUUCUAGAUUACUCAGACUUCAGGGAUGUAGAUAUGGUUAUUGAGGCUGUUAUUGAGAAGAUUCCACUUAAACAGUCCAUAUUCAAUGAUAUUGAGAAGAUUUGUCCUCCACAUUGUAUUCUCGCCUCCAAUACGUCCACCAUUGAUUUGGAGAUUGUUGGAGAGAAGACAAACUCUCAAGAUCGCAUUGUGGGAGCACAUUUCUUCAGCCCUGCUCAUGUAAUGCCGCUGCUGGAAAUUGUUCGCACAGAAAAGACAUCUCCACAAGUCGUUCUGGAUGUCAUGAAUGUUGGGAAGGUCAUAAAAAAAGUUCCUGUUGUGGUUGGAAACUGCACGGGCUUUGCUGUCAAUCGGACCUUCUUUCCAUAUAGCCAAGCAGCAAAAUUACUGGUACAUCUUGGAGUUGAUCUUUAUAGAAUUGAUCGGGUGAUUAGCGGCUUUGGCAUGCCAAUGGGUCCUUUUCAACUUCAAGACUUGGCUGGAUAUGGUGUGGCUUUGGCAAUUAAGCCUAUAUUUUCUUCAGCCUUCAAGGGCCGGACUUUUGAGUCAGAGAUGCUUGAGUUGAUGGUAGACGAUGGUCGAAACGGGAAGGCUAAUGGAAGGGGUUAUUACUUAUAUAAACCUGGGAACAAGCUGGAACCUGAUUCUUCUGUACAAGCUAUUAUCGACGAAUCUAGAAGGCGUGCUGGCAUGAUGCUCAGUGGAAAGCCCAUAACUGUUACUGACCAAGAAAUUGUGGAGAUGAUAUUUUUUCCGGUCGUCAAUGAGGCAUGUAGAGUAAUGGCUGAACAAAUUGUUGUACGAGCUUCUGAUGUUGAUAUUGCAUCUAUACUUGGAAUGGGCUUCCCUAAACAUAGGGGCGGUCUGUUAUUCUGGGCUGAUACAAUUGGAUCUAGUUAUAUUUAUUCCAAGCUAACAAGCUGGGCAGGUUCCUAUGGUGGAUUCUUCACACCAUCACAAUACUUGGAAGAAAGAGCUAAGAAAGGCCUUCCACUGAGCUUGGCUGGUCCAUCAUCUUCAAAGAGUUCAAGGUCACGCAUGUAGUUCCUCAGACCAACAAUUCGACUAUCUUUCCAAGGUUGGACAUGUUUUCUGCUUGUUGCUGCUAGGGGGGAACAAGUAAUGAAGAAUCCCAAUAUGAGAGCAUCUUAAUUGUUUAAUUAUUGAAUAAAUGUUGAUUAUCAGAUAUUGGAUUGAAUGAAUUUCAUAAUAUUUUGUUGAUAUAUGUUAUUUUUUGAAGUAAAGCUGAAGAUAAUUUGUUUGAUGCCAUUGUUAGAAGCUUAUCAGAAACUAAAUUAGUUUAAUGGCAUUCUGUGACUGUGAUGGAAGCUUGGUCUAAACACCAUCUUCCAUGAUUUUCUUUA